GGGAGGCGGGGACGUGGAGAUGCUGCGGCCGCUGAUCCUGGGCCUCCUGCUCCUGUCGCCGCUGACCGGCGCGGCCGAGGAGGAGGAGGAGGAGAAGAUCGCCAAGGACAAGGACAAGGACAAUGACAAUGACAGGCUGCCGACCAAGUGCGAGGUGUGCAAGUUUUUGACGGUGGAGUUGCAGUCGGCUCUGGACAAAACCAGGCGUUCCAAGGAGGUGCUGGAGAUCGGCGCGGUGCUGGACAACGGCAAGAGGAAGAGAAAAAUCAUGUACAACACAUCGGAGAUGCGUCUGGCUGAGGCCAUGGACAACAUCUGCGAGCGGAUCCUGCAGUACAACGUGCACGCUGAGAGACCCGGCAGCCUGCGCUACGCCAAGGGCACCAGUGAGACCAUGGCCACCCUGAAGAACCUGGUCCACAAGGGGGUGAAGGUGGAGCUGGGAAUCCCCUUUGAGAUGUGGGAUGAACCGUCGGCUGAGGUCAGCGACCUGAAGAAGCAGUGUGAGAAUAUGCUGGAGCACUACGAGGAUAUAGUGGAGGACUGGUACUUCCACCACCAGGACCUGGAGCUGGAGAGGUUCCUCUGUGUGUCGCAUGUGUUAACGGUGGAACAACGAGACUGCCUGGGCGAGGUGUGGUCGGGACGCAAGGGCGACAAGGCAGUCAGCGGCGGCAAGGAGAGGAAGCGGGCGGAUCCACCGGUGCAGGGGGGCGCCACGCACCACCACGAUGGCGGGGAGCUCUGAGCCCGUCACGGCUCAGGUGGGGUGAAAAUGGAGACUGACUCCCCCCUCCACCCCGACUCCAAACACCCAGCCGGUGACAGUAUACACCCCCCCCCACCCCAUCGAGUCCACUCCGCCAUCCAUUCAUGGCCAAUCUCUCUCUCUCCCUCCCAACCCCAUUCUCCUGCCUUCUCCCCAUAACCCCCGACACCCGCACUAAUCAACAAUCUAUCUGUAUCUCUGCCUUAAAAAAAACACCCACUGGACUUGUGGCCUCCACAGCCGUCUGUGUGGCCGAGAAUCCCACAGAUUCACCACCCGCUGGCUGAAGAAAUUCCCUCCUUCCUUCUAACCGCCACCCCACUGGUGAAACUCGCAAGCCCCCUCCCCCUCCCCCAGUCAGAGACCCCGGGUUCAGUCCGAAGAAGGGUCUCGACCCGAAACCUCACCAAUUCGUCCCUUCCCACCCAAACCACCCCCUCCUCUGGUACUUUCCCUUGCAACCACAGGAAAUGCCACACUUGUUGUUUUACCCCCCCCCCCGAUGACAUUCCAACACCCCCCCCCCGGAUGACACUCCAACCCCCCCCCCCCCGUUACAUUCACCACCCCCCC